CUCCCGGAAGUUUUUGUUUGCUCACCUGUCAGUUCUGGCACAGUGCGAGUAUCAAUCCUUUUUGUUUUCUUUUAUUGAGGAUAAAUGAGCACACUGUGUGGCCAGCAGACCCCCGACUGAGGACACCAUCGAACAAGGGCAUCUAGCUGCUACACAGUAGGCCAGUGCAAGCAUGGAGCCUCUGGCAGUGGACGAUGACAUCUGCAUUCUCAAACACGAGACGGCCUUUACCACCACCAGUGAGAGCCCCGUGUCUGUGUGUGCAGGCGACGAGUCUGUGGCCUCCCACUUCGCCCUGGUCACGGCCUACGAGGACAUCAAGAAAAGGCUCAGGGACACUGAGCGGGAGAACACGUUACUACGGAAGAGGGUGAAGCAGCUAGAGGAUAAGCUCUUCAGGCCUGAUGCCCCUCCUUCAGAAGGUCCCCAGUAUGUGAACAAAGCCUUCAGUGCUUACAGAGGAAUCUACAUAGAGAAGGAAGACCUGCAGAUGGAGCUCAACAAACUGAAAAAGGAGAAGAGUGAGAGUGAGAAGCUGCUGACAGAGCAGCUUCAGGCCAAAGAGUUAGAGCUGCUGCAGCUGAAGACAGAAAUGGAAACCAGCCAAGUCAUGAAGAGCUUGAACAGCCCACAGGACUACUGGCAGGUGGACAGAGUCAGCACUGAGCUGAAGAUCCACAAAUUGCAGGAAGAGCUGGAGAAGGUGACACUGGAGAACAACAGACUGCUGGAAAAGAGUGGGGAGGAGCCCCAGGGUCUAAAUGGACCAGACUUGGACCUGACCUGUGACACAAAGUACAAUGCAAGUGAGAAGAACAUGCAGCAGACGUGCCAAGCUCUGCACCGUGAGUUCAGUCGACUCUGCUCGGGCCUGAAGCACCAAAGUGGUCUGAUCAGGAAACUGAAGCCGCUGAUCAACGAAACGAGACAAGCAACAGUUCCAAUCCAAUGUCUGGAUGACGUGGAAAAAAACAACCAGCCAGUGUUUCAGCCCACAAUGCCUCGCCCCCCUAGCGCCCCCCCACUUCCCUCGUGUUCUGGACGCCCCUGCCCCCCUGUUGGUGGCCCGUCAGGCACCCUGUUGCCCGAUAGCCUGAAGGAGGACUGCUGGUACAACGGGCCUUGGCCCUCAGAGAGCUGCUCGGAUGAAGCCCACUCUGUCGUCCUGCCCCCGCCCCCCUUAAACCAGGCCUCUUUAGACGACAGCUCGAGGUCCUUUCCCAGUCCCCCCAAGCCCAGUGAUGCCAUAUUCUGGGAGGGACACUCUAAUGCCUCCACCUCAUCGUCUUUAAUGGGCAACUACAGUCCAAGGAGCCCCCCCAAUGCUGAAUGGGCCAAGCCCUUUUGAGAGGAACACUGACGGGACGAUAGAUGAUUUUUGAAUAGUGUGACUAAGGAUGGACUCCUGCCACACAGCUACCACCUGACCUGCCUUAAGUUGAUUAGACCACUCCUUCCAGCUGAGCUGGACGGGACCUGCUGGUUGUGGCUGAAUAAGAGAAGCCUUUUCUUAAUGUGAGGAGUCUGCUUCCACCAAUCCACGCUGUGGUGAACGUAUCUGACAGAAUUAGUAGAUCUUCUGUCUUUUGAAAACACGUGAGCAGUUUGACUUCAGUGCAUCUAUGCACACACAUACACACACUCAGACAGAUCAGUGAGAAGGAACCUCUGACCUGCUGCUCCUCACAAUGAACCCCACAGGGCUUUAAAGGGCCUUUUCUCUCCAUAUAGUGUGGUCAAACUUUACAUGCUAGAUUUUGUGAAACAUUCACUCCACUGACAUUUUACAUUUAACUGUAAAGUUUAAAAAAACACCCAUACACACGCCAUGGAUGCAAAGAAAGUGUCUACAAGUGAGGGCUUGAUCUGGGGGGACUCUCAGCUGUGGAUGCAAAGAGUGAGCUGUAAUAUAUACAAGAUUUUUUCUUUUUUGAAUAACUACCAAAUAAAUUCUUGUUCUCUCAAUGGAGGUUACACCAGUCCUUGUACAUUGAUCAACCCAUGACCCACCGGAGUCAAGUUAAAUUAGGAGGGCUUUGCAGAAAUUGAGCAAUGUCCCUAAAUAGUUUUUGCUAUUUAUCACACAGAGAGUUUUACAUAGAAAAUAACAAAGGUGAACAUUUGGUCCAACCUACUGUAGACUAAGACAUUCUUAACAGGUCCAAGUGGACUGCAAACAGUCUAGUGGUUCAGUCAGUCUAGUUCAGAGCUGCUGAAUUUCUGACCUUGCUUCUCACCUCUGAGGAUGCUCAAAAUAUUAUUACAAACACAACGCAAUACAGCCAUGCAUGUUUAAAGCAUGUUUAAAGUAUCAAAGUAGUGAACACCCAGUCAUAUACCUCCCAUCUACCUCGCUCACAUUAGGAGAGGUCGAUAAAAGUUUGGUCUGUUGUCCAAUCGUCAGCUAAGGGAGGAUAGGAGACUUCUAUUAGAAAUCUGUCCAUCAAAGCCGUAGCAGCUGAGCCGCAAAACUUAAUGGACACAUUGAUGUUUUGUAGGAACCAAUUAAUGUUGCAUAGGGUUGGUAAUGAUAUUUUGAGCAUGUAAAUGGACAUCAUACAGUCCAACAGUUUAUCACAACCCGUCUGUAUUUACAAGCACUUGGACAAUUAUGACAACUUGGUCUCUGUUAGAGCAAACCAUCAUGUCUUCUAUCUUCUUUUUUUUCCAUACUAGCAGUAAUAGUAAAGUACUUCGAACAACAGAACCACCUGUUGAAAAACUGACAUUUCUCUCCAAAGGUGUAGUAUUGUCUCAGAAAUUUUUACAAGCACCUGUAAACUUAUCUUUUUAUCAUGUGUUGCUUUCUAAACUACUGUCUUUGUCUCUUUGCUCAUCUUAAUGUAAUAGGGACAUGUAUAUGUAAGGCUAUGUUGUUGGGGAUUUUUUUAUUUGUUGUUUGUUUAGUUGGAGGAUUCCUGGAACAAAAUCCAUACGUUUCACUGUAUUCUAAAAACUUGAUUUGCUCUGUGGAGAUUAUAAACAGUAGGAAAUGUAUCUAAACGCUGUACUGUACUGGUGUUGAACCAACACACAUUUGUUGGACAGUAUGACCUAAGAAGGCUUGUCUUUGGUUUUCUUUUUUGGUAAAGUAUAAAUGAAGGAUUUUAAAAAGUUUUAUAUUUCGAGUGUAACACAAGCUAUACAACCUGAAGAAUGUGCAUAUCUGUAUAAAUGUAAAUGGUGGGCUUCAGUAUUCUGCCAAACCCUGUCUGCAAACCAAAAACCAGAUUAUCCUUUCUCCCUCUUCCCUUCACCCCUAAAAUGUCUAAUCUGUAUAAGAGCUGUCGGCUGUGGUGGCAACAAAAUACUUGUAUUAACCUUAAGAAUUGUGAGCUGUGACUUGACAAGUAGGUGCACAGAGCACAAAGGGUAUGUAGUCGUUGAAAAAUGAUCCAAUCAUUUCCAUAUUUGUCGUUGUGGUUCAUGACAACUGUGGUCCUUUUUUUUUUUUAUAAAUUAAUUUUUAAGAAAUGUUCUUUUACAGCAGUAGUUUCAUACUUCUGUAAACGAUUUGCAAACCAAAAUGCAAUGUACAGUAGAUACCAAUUAUAUUUUAGAUUUACUGCACUCCAGACUGUUUGUAAAUAUGAUCAAUUAAACAAAUGACCAGGAAGUGGAA